AUGGCGGCACACAUGGCAAGGAAAGCUCUUUACGUUUAUGGCGCAUUUUGCAUACUUUUGUUUGCCAAAGCGAGCUACGAAUGCGAAAGUAAGUAUUUACACUUUUUGCGUUGACUUAAGACAGAAUUAUGAGUAAUUCUGAAAAUGGAGUUCGAGAAAAGAGUCAAAACAAUUUUGAAAUUUGCCCCUCGGCCCCGCGCCUCUACUCGUUUAAGCAGAGUUACAUGUACGAUCAUUGUGCCGUGAUUGCACGAAAAACAAAUUUAAUUAUUUAUUCCAAUAAUUUAUGAUUCAAUGAGGGACAACUUAAGGUUUUUUUUCUCAGUCUCACCCUAGUAACAUCGGAUAAAAACAUUGUAAUGUUUAACUUAUUGAGAGCAAAGCUGGACAGGAUGAAAUGCAACAGUCAGAUAAUUUUUCAAUCCAAAAUACCUGUAUCAUUUUUACUAAACAUUUACGCGUGGUAAAGCCACGUACCCCAUUAACUCAGGGCGCGAAGAAAAUCCUGUCUUGUUAUCUAGGACAUUUAGUAGUUUUGCUAUUAAAUUUGGGUAAGGAACAUUGUUAUAUUCCUACACUUUCACUCAACUAAACAGGGACUGUCAUUGGUUGAUUCUUGGUCACGUGGCCUUGACUAAAAUCAAAUGUAUCCCGAUCGUGAUACAAUAAACAAUGUACCCCGCUCAGGCUACAUUACAGCACAUGAUCAAAGCAUGGUGGAAAGUAGCGCGACAGAAGGCGGGAAAAACACUGCCUGUUUUCAUUUUUGUGAAUGAACACAACAGCUUGAACACCAACACAAAGCCUCAAGCUAAAAAGCAAUGAUUUUUUAAGGCAUCCUAGAAGAGAAAGAGCAGCUAGUGGAGAAAAAAGAUGCAGAUAAUAUAAGGAAAGUACUUUGUAAAUCAUUUAUUCAGUGAUUUUAAGAAUUAAAUUUGUGUUGUUAUAAGUACCGAGUCAACUGUUUUGGUUCGCUCCAGUUAUUCUUUUGUUGCUGUUGAAGUGAAAGUCUGGAAAUAUAACAAAACACUUAAUGUCAGGUCCCUCGGGAAACCAGUUAGUUUUGUUUUCCCUCGAGUCCUGAUGUUUCCCGAGACGAACAUCAGAACUCUCACGAGAACAAAACUAACUGUUUCCCUCGGGAUCUGACAUUAAGUGUAUAAUAAUCUUUUUUCCUCAGUUGUCCAAUGGGCAAAGGUCCAUUCAAGUCAUCUAGUAGUUAAAUCAUUAACAAGCAAGCAGUGGCCCUGGGCAAGCAAAAUGUAAGACCUGCUUGAGCUUUUUUCAAGCCCUACCAGAAACACAACAAAGUAACUUGAUAAUUUGUCUUCUUCAGACAUCUCCAUUUUCGAUCUAUCAAGAAAGAAGGAUUUUUCCAAGUUCCAAGCUAAGAACAUGAAAAUGUGUGUAUCGGGUAGGGAUGUCUCACUGUCACACUUGUGGGGCAGUGUGGUAGUUGCUCUUCAAUUUGACAAAACUGAUGUUCAAUCUUAUGAAGCUGAUAGGUAAGUUAAUUUUUUUCCCAACAAAAUGGUGACUAGUAACACUAAUUCCUUAAACAUUUCUUAAUUCAGCUAGCAUCUUCAUUGUAUACAAGUUGCUCUAGUAGUUACUUGUAUUGAAAGUUACUUGCCAGUGAUUUUAUGAGGAGAAACACUGUUGGUGUUAAAGUAGGCUCGAUUACCAGCGGCUGUUUCGGAAAUGAGCCCGCGGUCCUCCCAUGAACAGACAGCUGGACGCAUGGGCUUGCUAUUGUUAAUUACCACCAAUCAUAAGCUGCAAAUAGACUCUAUAGAGCCAUGGUCCUCCCGGUUCUAGAUUAUUGUGAUGCUGUUUGGCAUGACUGUUGACAAGGAAACAAUGAGAAGAUUGAGUGACUACAAAGAUGAGCAGCGAGGAUUGUCUACUUCAAAGCUGCCUCAAAACUGUCAACUGAUCAAAUUGGAACCUCUCUAUUAUAGAAGACAGACCCACAUUUUAAGAUUUGUUAAUGAUGGCAUUGCAAAUAGAGUUCCCAGAUACCCUUUUAAUUGUUUUAAUGUAAGAAACCGUGACAUUCAUCGCCAAAAAACUAGACAUAAUAAUGACCUUAUCUUAGAAAAAGAUUAGUUAACUUAGAAUGCACCAAGCGCGCUUUUUUCUACACAGGUGCAACAAAAUUUUUAAUACCUUUUAGAAUUUAAAACUGUUCGAAUCUUCCUGUUAACGUAGCUAUUUUAUACUAUUGUAAUUUGUUUUUAUCCAUAUUUUUAACCUUUUUUUUUUCAGGACCUGCAUUGAUAGCAGUUUUUUCUUAAAACUGAUGCAGCAAUCCUGUAUAAAUAUGUUUAAAUUAUUAUUAUUAUUAUUAUUAUUAUUAUUAAAAAUUAUUAUUAUCGUUGGCUGCUCAAAUCAAGCAGACAGCAUAAAUCAUUUUAUUUUUCUGGAGCAGAUUUUAAACGGCAGGCCAAACUUAGGUGUUGUUUGAUUUGGUGUGCGAUUGUGUCUUAGAACGUUUUUAACAAAGAAAAGUAUUCUCUUAGAGAAGCUGGCAAAUAGUAGGUAUGUUUUUGAAAUUCAACCAACUGGAACUGGAUCAAUAAUUAUUUCCAUUCUACAUGAAUGAUGGUUGUUUGCAGCUAACGUGAAAGAGACGACUGUCAAGUCCACCGGUAAUGCAGGGUCAAUGUAAAUACAAUCAGUACUUGUUUCUGCUGAUUUUUAUGGCAAAAAAAUUAAUACCAAAGUGAAGACGAGGCAAAGCACAACAUAUGUUUAGUAUUUAAUGACAUUUCCCAUUUUCGACGUUGAAGAUGCAUAAAGUUACUUUAUGGCCAUUCACUCAUCCAGCCAUCUCUUCUUGGGGAGGACUAAGAGAGCGAUGGAAAUCGUGCCUAGUGUUAAAGGGGUAUAGUAAAUAAUUUAUUAUUGUCUGAUUCUACAGUUAUAGCAACAUUCAUAUUUAUUAAUUAUUACUGGAUCACUACAUUCAGAUCAUUAUUACAUGUAUUUAUGUUGUGCAUUGUAAAUGAGUCAUUUUAAUAUGCUUACAUGUGUUGCCUCCUCACAUGUGUUUUCUGCUUUAAUCAGUAAUUUCAAAACAUUCUUUUUAUUUGUAUUGCACUUGACAGCUGCCAUGCGCUCAACCCAGCCAAUAAAACUUGGGGAUCUGUGUUUCAGUCAUUGGUGACUAGCACUAACAUACAGGAUCAAAUCACAUUCAAGCAGUCACCAUUCAAAACUUCAUGCUUUGCAGUGGAAUUUGGAAAAAAACGGAAUGUGUUCAUAGAAGCUGAGUUUCAAGGUGAUUCUACAAAAUAAUUUAAUUUUAUGGUCAUGACAAAUAUCCAUGAUAAUACCAUUUCAAACUUAACAGUGGCCAAAGAGCAAGUUCAAAAGAAAAUUCAAAUUUCUUUUUGUAAAAUCAUAAAAAAUAAAUGGCAGUUCACCUGUAUUUUAAAGUUUUUACCAAAAGUUGUUUCAUUUGAAUGUCCAUAGCAUUGAAAGUUAGUGACAUACUGUAUUUGAUUAAGUAAGUACUGCCAGUAAUUAAUACCCGUGAACAACACCAUCAAAUAAACGCUCACCCAAUCAGAAGAAUGUGGAGUUUAUGUGAGGAUAAUAAAAAAAUAAACUUGCUUUAACCCAAUAGUCUACACCAUGCAGACAAUAAUGAUAUGAUUCUAUUUCAGCAAAAAAGCACCUUACUUUUGUGCAUGUAGAGGGUAAAUAAUAAAGUUGUUAAUCUCUUUCCAUUUUAGUCAUUGACUGGAAAUUUCCAGCAGCAUUUCUAGCAGGCCUUGUCAUCUUUUACAAUGCAGAAAGACUUAGUAGGUAUACUAUCUAAACGUCCCCUUCCACAAUGUAAAUUUUAACAAGAACUUGAUUUGUUAAAGUGAUGAUGAUGAUAUUCGAGGAUGAUGAUAAUGAUGAUGAUGAUGAUGAUGAUGAUGAUGAUGAUGGUGACAGUAAUGACAGUUGAUCCAUUGAGUCUAUUUAGAUGCCAUACCAACUUUCAAUUGCUGCCAAUAGACCUUUGUCAUGGGGUGGCCAUUUUGUCUUAGGAGAUCUAAAAAGCUCUGUUUAUGCAUGGAUAGCCUCUUAGAGAGAACGAGGCUAGCUGUUCAUAAACAAAGCUUUUUAAGUUUACUGAGACAUAAUGAUCGCUGCGUGAGGGAGGUCUAUUGUAUGCUUACAACUACACUGUAGCAUUGCACCUCAGUAGUAGGUCUAGUUGUUUUUCACACCAUAAUUAUUAAUCUGAUCUUGUUAUUGCCCAUGGUGCACUAAAGUAAACUGAUCAAAAGCAGAUUCUAUGGAAAGUCACACUUUUGUUCUUUGUUGUUGUUCUUGCAAACUUUGUGCGCACAAGAUAGGAGAGCUGUGGAUCUGUUGUUCACAUUUCUCCUAUUAUUAAUUAAAGAGCUGUUUUUUCUUUCCAGGAACAGUUUGUUCUUUUAUUCAUCUGGUGUAUCACUUGGUCUUAUCAUGUCACUUCUUCUGCUUGUCUACAUACUGCACAGACUAAUCCCAGGGGUAAGAAAAAACGGUGUGGGGUCAAUGUUAAGACUUAUCCCUCGGGUAUUUUCUUUCCAGGAACAGCUUGUUCUUUUAUUCAUCUGGCUCUGGUUGUUCAAACGUUGGAUAGCGCUAUCCACUGCAUAAAUCACUAUCCAGUGAAUAAGUAUUACGGAAAUCAAUUACGCUAUCCGUUGGAUAGUGAUUUGUCCAGUUGAUAGCGCUAUCCAACGUUUGAACAACUGGGCCCUGCUGUAUCACUUGGUCUUAUCAUGUCACUUCUUCUACUUGUCCACAUGCUACACGGAUUAAUCCCUGGGGUGAGACAAAAAGGUUUGGGGCCACUGUUAAUUAAGACUUAUCCCUUGGGUAAGACAAAGCAGUUUGGGGGUGAUGGUUUAGACAAAGUCCUGAGGUAAAGCGAGCAGAGGUGAGCGUUUGUUAACCCCUGUUGUGCAGGCAAUAGGAUUGGAAGUUGAAAAAUGUUGAACGUGCAUGUAUGCAUUUGCUUAAGAAUUGUUGUCAAUAUUUCAGCAUAUUGUUUUAUGCCAUUUUCGCAACUGAGGCCGCCGUGUUUACUUGUUGUAUUUCACUGCGUUCGACCUCAUGAGAACGCAACCUAAUCCCCUCGUUUGGGUGUCCAAGUCAAAAACGGAUGGCAGGACCAAAAGCAUGUCCUUUCGGGAAGUUUAUUGCAUUUACAUGUAUUGGAGUCGUUGUUUUAAAUGUUGUUGUUGUGUGGUCAUUUCUUUUCAGAGAGGAGGUGCAUAUGCUGUUUUAAUUGGAGGAUGGAGUCUGGGUGCCUAUUUAAUCCAGUGGACUUGGAGUAACUUAAAAGACCUUCUACUUAACCACAACCAAUGGGUCAUUGGAUAUCUUGUUGUUAUAGGUAUGUCACAAAAGAGACCUAUAGAUAUGAGGACCAGAUUGAACUAACAGUUUUUUCGCGUAUACUCUCUAAACGUACAUAGACAACCCGGAAAACUUCAUUGUCCUUUUUUGUUUUUUUCAACAGAAACGUUAGUACGGUUAUUUUUAUCGAAGGAGGUUAAGCCCUCUCCCAAUCGCAAAGUGGUACAUUUUCGAACAUUUUAAUAACUUUUUUCCGCCACUACGACAUUCUUGCUAAAACCCGUAGUAGACUGAAGACGGCUAUCGCGCUUUCCCGCCAAAAGAACGCUGGAUCACGCGUGCGCACUACUUAAUUAGCUAUUGAGAAAAUCUCGUCCUCGUCGUCGCGCCCUCGUUUUUUUUUUUAAUAGAAUCUAAAGGUCUCUGAUGCGAAAAGGAAAACCUGCAUAUUAAAGAUUAUUAUGGUCGGCAUUUUUCAAAAACUCCUACUCUUUGACUGUCGUAUUACGCUCUAUAACAGCAGAGUUUUUUCCUUUCGUCAGGCAUCAGAAGCUUAUGUGUUUGCUGUUGUUACGGCCUAGUCAACGUAUUACGCUGUAUAACAGCUGUGUUUAUUUCCCGCUUUCUCCAGGCCUCAUAAGCUUUGGUGUAUGUUAUUAUUACGGCCCAGUAACCAGCGACCGCGGACUGGAUCUCAUUCGCUGGAUGCUGCAGCUUAUAGGAUUGAGCCUACUGUACAUGAGUACAAGGUCAGAUGAGGUCUCCAUAGCUCUGUGUAUUACAGUGGUUUCGUCCCAUAUAAUUCGCAGAAGUGGCAUCCUUGUCUUCUGUUUCAGACUGCUUCCUCAACACUGGUAAGGCUACCAUUCAUGCUGCCAAGAUUAAAUUAUAGGAUAGAGAGGAAAACACCGUUGUUUGCUUUGAGGCAGUCAGGCGUGAACUUGAUGACGUUUCAAACGCGGACGUCCCAGGAAUUAGAGUUCCGUUUAAUUGCAACCUCUAAAAAUAACUUAAGUGAAGUUCGCAUAUCCCGGCCAACGCCCUAAGUUUCCCUCUUUGGCCUAUUUUCCCAUUAUUUUGCCCUUCUGAAGGCGUCUCGCCCUUUGCUUGUAACCACCUUCAUGUUUUAUCCUGUUUUCCGUAACCACUGUACCCUUCGAUUAAACAUCUAUUUACUGAAAAUGUCGCGCGGAAAACGCAGGAAAUGGCAUUUCUGAGCCCCUAAAUAUGAAAACGUUCUCGGGGAGCAUGCCCCCACUCCCCCUAGUUUGCAGUACCUUCUCAGGUCUAACCUUUCUUUCCCUGCUUACACUUUCAAAACCUUAAGCUACGCCAUUGAGGUGUCAUUACGUUUUAGCAGGUCAAACGUAUUUUGGCUACUGAUUAAUCGUGAGCAAGAGUUGUCUGCCUUUUGUAAUUCCGCUGAUUUACACUGCUUAUUAAUUUUUUUUUUCGCAGGAUUUCCUACAGAGUCUAUUAUUUCUUCUUUCCUCCAAGACACACAUUUCUUUCCGAGGAGGAAUACAUGAUGCAGGGAACUGAAGAAACUAGAAGAGCUUUAGAAGAUCUUAGAGAAUAUUGCAGCAGUCCCGAGUGCGAUACAUGGCGCCUUGUUAGUCGACUGCAAAGUCCCACUAGGUAUGUUACCAUCCCGGUAGAAGGGUUCUCCCUGUGAUGGCCUUAGCGGGGAGGCUCCGCCCGAAAAGGGUACCUUUUUCACGCUUCAGGUGUAUGAAAGAGUAAGGGAUUUCACUUGUCGAAUGUAUGGAAUGGUAGGGAAAUCGGUGAAAAGGCCCAAAAGGGCUAACAGAUGCGUUUUAUGGCUGUGAAAAAAAUUGAGAAAAUGUCUUGGUUUUGUGAUUUAUACUACUACUUGAGAAAUUUCUGUAAUUUGAUUGGCUUAGAGUAGUGGUUUUUCAGCUUAAUUUGAAAUACCUACAUGUGAAAAUUACAAACCUUUUGCGGGUAGUAGUAUAAACAAAUAAUAGCAUGAUUUGUACGUGAUAAUUGGCAUAAAUACCACUUGUGAUAUUUCAAAAUUGUCUCAAAUUUCACUCGCCUAACGGCUCGUGAAAUUACGUAUAACAGUUUUGAAAUAUCACUCGUGGUAUUUACGCCAAAUAUCACUACAAAUCAUGCUAUUACCUUUACUUAUCCAUAUGUUAAAGACUGUGUAUUUACAGUAGUUAAAAGGGAUGCAAUGUUCUACAGUCAAAGGGGUUCCUUUUUUGCCAAAUAAAGGUAUUUAAAAGGGUAAGGGGUUGGACCUCGGGGCGGAGCCUCACCGUAGAAAACCAUUUUGAGUACCCCAACCCUCCGAGAUUACUAUUUUGUUUAAUGCGUAGAAAAACGAACAAAUCAGGGAACACAGAGAGAAAUUAAAACUCAAGGGAAAUGUAAAGGAAACAAAAAUAAUUAAAUAUUGGCUUGCAGUGGUACUUGAAUGGUCACACUUUGAUUCCUGCAGAUUCACUGAGUUGAAACUGAAGCUUAACGUCGAGUUGCGCAAUCUUUAAUCUCAUGGUGUCGGUUGGACGUUUCGCACGAAAAUCGCUAUUCUAGGUUCCUUUUGUGACUCCACAAGUAUAUCUCGAUACUCUUUUCUUGCGAAAACCUUGUACAGAAGUCAAAUAAAUUUGAAGUUUAGCUGGUUCAAUUUUACCUUGGAUUUCGUGUGACAUCCCGUUUUUUUCUUGCCCUGUUCGUAAAAUUAAUGGGAAAGCUUUUUUACUCACUUCAGUUACUUUUUUACUUUUUACAUGUACUUUUUCCUUUUACAUUUUAUAUUUGACUCUUAAUCCUUCACGUCCCAACAGUGAUCAACUUCAAUUUUCCCCUUACUAUAUCAAUACAUAAUCAGCAGAAAAGCUUAAGAGAAUCAAAAAACUGAUCACCAAACGGAAAAUGCUUUGAUCUUUUUUUUUUCUCAAAUUCUCCUGGGCAGCGUAUUUUCUAAGGGAGUGUAUGAAGGUCAGUCAGGACAAUUUGUGGGUAUUUUGGCUUAAAGGGUUAAACGAAACACGCAAUGCGUUUAAACCGGCUCUUGAAGUUUAAGGAACUGAAUUGUGAUUUUUGAAAAGCUGAAGGUCUGUUUACAGUGUAGGUAUUUUUGUAGGAUAUUUUUUCUUACGUAAACUAACCCCUCCGUCAAAAGGUAAAUAGAGGGCUCCUACUAAAGUUGAUUGUCGCAAUGGCUUAAAGUUUAUAGCUUUAUUAGUAUAUAUGCUUAAGCUUCGCUUUUAGGCUUGGCUAAAUCAAUAACUUACAGAUUACAGCUGUAAUCUGUUUUCUGAAUCAAGAGAUGCUUAGGGUUUUUAUAAGUACUGUUCACAUCGAACUUCUUUUCCAGAUUUGCGCAGUUCAUGUCCACUGGCCAGCAUAUCGUAGACAAUGAAGUAAGAACACACGAAGAAGUAGAUCCUUCACAUUGGUUCACUGAAGAAAGUGAAGACGAAACACUAAACACUUCGCGUCUUGGUGAGUAA